AUUGCCAUUUGUCACUGUCACGGUGACAGUCAGGCGUAGCUUGUGUUUUAUUAGCUGAGUUUUUUUCAAAAAGUACAAUAAACAUUUUUUUUUGGUUUUUGCCUUUAGCAAACACUUGAGCACCGUCAGCAUUACUCUCCGUGGUAUUUCUUACUAUCCUUUUUGAGGUCUUAAUUCUAAAGUUUGUAAAAGUUAUUUGUGGAGUCUGGUAGUAAAAAUGACUGCUCCUAUGGAAAGGAUUCAAAUACUUGAUGAUAUUGAAAAAGAUAUAAUUACAUGUCUCCAAUGUGCAGCUCAAGCCCUUCUUGAGCUGAGCAAAGAAAAGUCUGGUCAGAAACAAGCAGAAACAAACACUUCACAAUUUCUGAGAACCUUGAGCCAAGUGGAGUCGAAACUAAGUGAUCAGAUAAAUUAUUUGACUCAAGUUUCUACUGGGCAACCUCACGAAGGAUCUGGUUAUGCAUCACAGAAAGUAUUGCAGAUGGCAUGGCAUCGAUUAGAGCAUGUCCGCUCUUGGGUGAAUGAGCUGGACCGUUUGAAGGCUUCUCAUCUGUCUGCUACAAGAUCUGUGUCAGGAAAUGUUCAGAAUGGCAACAUGACAUCUUCGGGCACCAGUACUUGAUACUAACUUUAGUGCUUUACUAGUGCAAGACACUAAUGCAUUCAGCUGCAUUCUUGUUAUCCACAUAUUAAGUGUUUGUAAAUGUAUUCUGGCCAUAUAUCAGUCGGACCCUGCUAAUGUUAUUACAACCUAUUCCAGCCUAGAUACAAAUCUAGGCUGGAAUAGGUUCCUUCCAUGUGUAGCCCUAGUAAGUAGUGGUUACCAUUUAGAGGUGUAGGCGUCCAUAAAACAUCUUGAGAUAUAGCUGAAUCAGUGAAAUGUUAUUGUUACCAUGGUGUACUCAACUGCUGUAGACCCAAUAGACCAAUUCCUCACUAUGAUAUAGAGUUUAAUACCCUGAAAGUGUCAUUUCACAAGUCUACUUUAUAGGCAUUGGGCCCACUAUAGGGGAUCCGCCUCUGUUAUAUGACUCUUCUUUGUUUUAGUUAUAUGUUUCAUGAUAU